AUGUCUGGAGCAGAGUUGGGUCUCGCGGUAAUAGGCACGGUGGAUCUUUGUUUCAAGUACGGCAAGCAGCUGCUCGAGAAAUACGAGAGCUACAAGGCAGCAGAAAAAGAGGUUUCGGAGCGAGCGGUCAUUCUUGCAGCGCGUUGGAAAAGAAUAUCCUUACAGUUGGAAAUUCUGAAGCAGAUUUGGUCGACUUUGGACCACGACCAUCAGUCCCUGCAGGACCAAAUACUGCAAAUUUUGCACCAGAAGCUCGAGGUUGCCGUGUCGCAGAUCAGCAAGAUACAAACCAAAUAUGAUCGUGUCAGUUCUAUUCCGCGGUUGACCCGAUGGAAAUACGCAUUCAUGGUGAAGGGCUGUCUCGAUACCGCGAUCGGAGAGUUACAGACUUGGCAAGCAAUCUUCGACCCUACCUGGUAUCUGAUUAUUCGCGUGAACAAUCCGGAGAUUGACACGCAGCUAGAAAAGCAGACCUCUCAGACAACGGCAGUCUCCGUUGCCAGUCGACUUAGACAGUCUUUGACAGAGGAAACUCUCUCAAAUGAACACAUAUUCCUUCCAGCUGAUGGAAUAUCGAAAUUUGUAGUCUCGGAAAUACCAUUUUCGGUCAUGAAAACGUUGGUCAAAGUUGGAUCCGAUACGCUGAUACUUGACCACGCAGAAUGUGACCCUGAAGCCAAUAUGACCGUCCUCACGCGAGAUGUCCGCACCCUGGCCCGACGCCUUCGCAAUACGGAUCCAGUCAAUUUCAGCUUGUUGAAAUGUUUUGGAGUUGUGAAGAACCAAAGUGAGAGGACAGGACGUACAAAGUCAUUCGAUUUCAUAUUCAGAAUACCAAAGAGCAUGCGAAACCCACGUAGUCUUCGUGAUCAUCUGUGCUCCGACAAACGUUAUUCUCUCAGCGAGGUGUUCACCAUGGCAAUGCAGCUUGCGAUCUCGGUUAAUUACGUUCACACCAUGGGGUUCGUACACAAGAGCAUUCGGCCGGAGACUAUCUUGAUUUUCGAUAACGGGAUUUCCCAGCUGGGGUCUCUGGCCCUUGUCGGGUUCAGGUCCGUUCGAAUGGCUGAUGGGAAGACGCUUCGCCACGGCGAUCUUGCCUGGGACCAGAAUCUCUACCGUCAUCCCGAUCGCCAAGGGCUGCUCCCAGAAGCAGACUAUACCAUGCAGCAUGAUAUUUACAGUCUCGGAGUGUGCAUGCUAGAAAUCGGACUCUGGAGAUCAUUUGUUACGUAUGAUCAAAGUGGCGUGCCCUGGCCUGCAGAAAUUAGACACAAGACGGACGUUGAAAGCUCCAACUCCAAAACAAAUCUUGUUGCAUUGGCCACGAACGAACUUCCACAGCGUAUGGGAGACAAAUUUGCGCGAAUUGUGAUCAAUUGUCUCACAUGUAUGGAUCAAACCAACUAUGACUUUGGAGACAGCCAAGACUUUGAAGACGAAGAUGGCGUUUUGAUUGGAGUGAAGUAUAUCGAGAAGAGUAUGGAUUGA